AUGGCGGAUGACGAUGGGUACGGGUUUCAUCUCGGUCACGACGACGACGAUGCGGUCGAACCGAGCGCGUACGCACCGGAGGGGGAGGAUGAUGCGGAUGGGUUGGAUGAGCGAACGAUGAAUCUGGAUGAGGGAUUCGAACCGACGACGAGCGCGGUGAUGAUGCUGAAACGCGCGUGGGUGCUCGAGAGAUUGUGCCCGGAGAUGCGAGCGUACGCGGCGUCGACGUUUGAGGACGUGCGAACGAGGACGGAUGCGCGGGUGGAGCAGUUGGAGCGGCGCGCGCGCGAACGCGCCGAGAGCGGAGGCGGCGGCGCGGAGGAGGAGAGCGAGAAGUUGAUGGAUCAUCUGAUGUGGAUCGAGGUGAACAGGGUGAGGUACAUCAUGCGGGAGUAUUUACGGACGCGGUUACAUAAGAUCGAGACGCACGCCCUGCACGUGCUCACCGACGCGGAUACGUUUGCAAAGUUGAGCGAGGCGGAGCAAAAAUUCGCCGAAGGAUACAUCGAAGCCUUGCAAGGGCACUUCGAAGACGUCUUGAAGGAUCUCCCGGAGGGAUAUCGAGACAUGAUGGUCGAGUAUAGUGGUGAGGCGGACGAGGAGGCGACCGCGCAGAAGAUGAUUCCGAAACCGAACCUCGACGCGUUCGUGAUUUUCCGCAUGCGCGAAGACGUUCCAAACUUUGUGCAGCCCAACGGCGAGACGAUCGAACUCGAACGCGGUCAGGUCAUGCUCGCGCAGUACUCACGAUUUCGGGAUCUCUUAGCUUUCGAUCCACCCAAGGCUGAGCUCGUGUAG